CGCUGCUCGAGAUAGUACCUUCUCUCCAUGGUGAUGAGUGCAGCGGGGCGAGGGGUCAGAGUUGAAUGUUUGACAGAAAGCUGAAUAUGGAUUCCAUAUUUCAUGAGAAACAAGAGGGCUCCCUGUGCGCCCAGCACUGCCUCAACAACCUCCUGCAGGGCGAGUACUUCACUCCCGUGGACCUGUCCUCCAUCGCCCAUCAGCUCGAUGAAGAGGAGAGGAUGAGGAUGGCGGAGGGAGGAAUGGCCAGCGAAGAGUACAGGACCUUCUUACAGCAACCCUCUGGGAACAUGGAUGACAGUGGGUUCUUUUCAAUACAAGUUAUUAGCAACGCUCUAAGAGUGUGGGGCUUGGAACUAAUCCUCUUCAACAGCCGGGAGUACCAGAGCUUGAUGAUAAAUCCAAUAAAUGAGAACGCCUUCAUUUGCAACUACAAGGAGCACUGGUUUACUAUACGCAAACUGGGACAACAGUGGUUUAACCUGAAUUCACUUUUGACUGGACCAGAGCUUAUAUCAGACACCUAUCUAGCCCUUUUUCUUGCACAGUUACAACAAGAAGGUUAUUCCAUAUUUGUGAUCCGAGGAAACCUACCCGAGUGUGAGGCAGAGCAGAUCCUUCGGUUCAUGAGAGUGCAACAGCAGCAGCGGCCCAGGCUCAUUGGAGAGGAUGAAGCCCAGACAAGUGCAGGCAGCAGGUCAGCAGCUCUGAGCCAGGCAGAAGUGGGCUUUGUUGUGGAGGAUGAGGUUGUGGAUGAAGAUGAAGAACUGAAGAGAGCCCUGGCACUAAGCAGACAGGACAUAGACGUGGAAGAUGAGGAGGCUGAUCUUCGCAGGGCCAUACAGCUCAGCAUGCAAGGAGCAGUGAUGAGCAACACAUCUCCAGAGUCCGAAGCAGGAAGUGUGAAAUCAGGCAGCCAGGCAGCAGGGAGUUCUACAGGAGGCCAAAGCGACACACUUACAGCUGAGGAACUGAGGAAGAGGAGACAAGCCUACUUUGAUCGGCAGCAGCAACAAGCUCAGUCGAAUAUUUCUCAACAACCGGACCCAAAAUCAACAGGUGGCUCAGGAUCUGUAAACACUGGCUCUGAGGAGGACCAACAACAAAAGCGCAGCCAGUGAAGAUGUGAAAAGGUUUGCCUGCAUUGUUUACCAGCUGCCUGGAUCGGCAACCCCACACAGGGGUAGCUUUUCUCCUUCCUCUAACCUUUUGCACGUGCGGACAUAAGGACAGUCAGAAGGCUGACACGUUUCUCCCGAUUAGUUCGCCACAGAGGCUACAGAGGAGAGCAACGAAGAACACUAACAAAGUAAAGGCAGCAGAUAGUCUAAUCUAACUCAGUGAGACACUAAGCAUGGGAAAAGGGUGACCACAGAACUCAUGAUGCAGUUAAUCCAAGUUUGCAAUUGCCUUUGUACCAUGGCGCCUUCUAUUUGUAUUGUGUACUGUUUUUUUUAUUCUCGUUUAUUCUCUGGAAGAGAUGGAAAGGAAUCUUCACCAUACAGUACAAAGGGUGUGUUUACUUGCUUGGCGUGAAUACAUACAGAGACGAAUGUUCACUGAAAGUCACAGGAGACCAAUGUCUAGACCACAGAUAAAAGCUUCAUUAGAUAAUGACAGAACCCCUCUACCUUUAUACUGGACUUGGGUUUGUGGGAACUUAAGAUGUGAAUCCAUUGGCCGCUCCACCACAACACCCGUGCAGUUUUGAAAUCACUUCUUUUUUGCAAUGAACUGAAACAUCUUUAAGCCAGCAGCACUAAUAUAUGUGGGUCAUUUUAUUCCUGACAUCAUCAAUCACUUCACUUCUACAGAGUGAAUUCCCAAGGUAUUUAGACAACCACAUGUUUUCGAUGUUGUGGUUUUGUUUUUACGAUUAAGCUUAUAAGCAGGCAUAAUGAAACUUAAGAUUUCAAAGCCUACAAACGGUGUUUUGUCCAAUUUGGUAGGGUAGUUAACAAAAUUAUUGAAGAGAGCUAUUUGUUGAAUCUAGGAUACGCUCCACUGAUGGAUAUUUUUCAUAUCCUGUCUACAAUAAGUUGACAUGUAAUGGGAACAAAAACAAAAUCUAUAGACAAUAUGACACUGAUAGAUAAAUGCAUAUUUCAUUUUACUUGCACAGUAUGAUCACUUAAAAAGGUCUAUUACGCCUAAAUUUUAGCCUGUAUUUGACUUCACAUGUUGUUUCUCUUCAUCAGUAUUUGUCAGGAACUGUAAGGGGUAUAUUUCAAGAAAGGUUGUCACGGGAUAAAGCGGUGGAAGACAAUGGCUGAUCGAUGAAACAACAGUCAAAUAUUACGAAAGAGGGACGAUUGUUAUGUAAUCUCAUAAUUCCUAAAAUAUAAAAUCCAAAGAAUGAACCAAAACAUCAAAAAUGUGUCAACAUACAUACAUUCCCCCGCCCAUUCAAUUCUGAACAUGAUUUGUUUGAAAUCUCACAUUUUUUCGACAAGUCUCCGUUAAGUCUUGGAAAAACUAAAUCAUGUCACAACACACAGUUUUGAUGGAUAAACCUCAUUGUGGCAUUAAAAACAAUUACAUUAGUUUACACUUUAAUAACUUUUGGAACCGAUCAGCAUGGAUAUGUCUUAAUUCCUCCACCAAAGUACUGGAUGUCAUGUCAAGUUUGACUUUUCAUGCUGGUUCCAUGAAUUCAUGGAUUUUUUGGUUCCUUUUGAUCUGCUUUUUCUUUUCUAUUUAAAAUACACAAACAGUAUAGAAUAUUGUUGGUUAGGUUUUUAUCAUAACAUUGUUAUCACAUUGCGUACUAACAAGAACUAAUUCAUUCAUUUUUGUUAUAUUUCACAAUACCACUGCACAUUCUUUCAUUAGAUGCAUUAGUUAGUGUUCCAGGAUUAAAGUGAUAUUCACUCCUAAA